GUCGUUAGCAAGUGCGGAUACUCUCCAGCUAGUCCAGCUCUGCGGUUCACUGAUUUGGCGUUUCCUACCGCGUUUACCUGUCGCGCGUACUAAGGAGAGACGCAUAACGCUAACGACCGUCUACAGAGUCUUCCGACUAACGAUCGUCCGAUUCGGCGAUUUUUCUUGGUGCAGUGCGGAGGAAAUUUAUCCGCUUCCGUUUCUGGCCAGGUCUUUCUUAGAACAUGGAAUGGCUAGGCAUUCUAUUGCUAUCGGGAAUAAUCUCAAAUAUAGCCGCAGAACCAUAUUACACUAUUAUUGCGCCGAAAGUGGUACGUCCUGAUUCGGAAUAUCAUGUAGCGGCAAGUGUUACCGGCGUAUCAACGCCAUCAACGAUAUACGUUGAACUGACUGGCGAACUUGAUACAGGAAAAAUAUUUAACAUUUCUCGAACUGUAGUCGUUGAGCCUUAUUCUACUCACAUUUUACAACUAAACAUUGGAGAAACUACACCAGGAAAAUACAAACUCACAGCACGCGGACUGUCCGGUAUUGAUUUUUAUAAAUCGAAGGAUAUCGAGUAUGUACAUAAAAGUUUCUCCGUUUUCAUUCAGACCGAUCGGGCGAUUUAUAAACCCGGUCACAAAGUUAUGUUUCGUUGUAUAAUACUGGAUUCGAGGCUGAGACCGAGUAUUGUGGGACCAUCGGACGUAUAUAUCAUCGAUGGCGAUGGUAAUCGUGUCAAACAAUGGAAUCGGCCACCAGUGACUCAUGGUAUUUUCGGCAGCGAAUUAGAAUUAUCGCAGUCACCAGUGCUAGGAAAAUGGAAACUUGUCGCCAAUGUCGGCGAUCAAACAUUUGAAAAGGAAUUUGAAGUUGCGGAAUAUGUUCUGCCGAACUUCGAAGUGACGAUCGAUUCGCCGAAACAUGUACAAUUCAAAGAAUCAAAAAUUACAGCAACUGUUCAUGCAAAGUAUACUUAUGGAAAACCAGUGAAAGGUGAAGCUACGAUAACGGCUUACCCAGACAUUUUUUCUGGCGUAAUUCAACCAAUAUUCCAACAACCAGUGCGAAAAGUCGUACCGAUUAACGGAAAAGUUACAGUAGAUUUCGAUAUAUUAUCCGAAUUAAGAUUAACUGAUGAAUAUGAAAGACCCAUCAUGAUUGACGCUGUGGUAGAAGAAGAAUUAACUACCAGAAGGCAAAAUGCUUCGACACAGAUAACACUACAUAAACACAAGUAUAUGAUGGAAUUAAUAAGAACAUCGGACUAUUUCAAACCCGGGCUAAAGUAUACCGCUUUCCUAAAAUUAACGUAUCACGAUGGAUCGCCAGUACAAGACACUAAAAACGAUGUCUUGAUAGCAUACGGAUACACAUAUAAUCAAUCGGCAUAUUCAAAUCUUACAAAAAAAUUAGACGAGCACGGCAUGGUGCAACUAGAUUUUUAUCCACCUAAAUCAAAGGAUAAUAUCUCUUUUCCUCUAAAUAUAGAGGCACAAUAUUUAAAUCUCCAUGAAUGGUUCCCCUCAACUAGUCAAGCUAUGUCCGUAAGCAACGAAUAUGUUCAAGCAAUUAUAAAAACGGAAAAACCACUGGUGAACAGUUAUGUUGAAAUCGAGGUGAAUUCUACCGCUCCAUUGAAAUACAUAAGUUAUGAGAUACUUGGUCGUGGUGACAUUUUACAUGCAGGAUCAAUCUAUGUGCAGGACAAAUACACGACAUCAUUCAAAUUUUUAGCAACAUACGUCAUGGCACCUACUGCGCAUGUAAUUGUAUACUAUGUACGGACAGAUGGAGAAGUAAUAGCAGAUUCGUUAGACGUUGAACUUACGGGAGUACUUCAAAAUCAUGUUGAUAUUAAAAUAACACCUGGUGAAGUCAUGCCUGGAGAAAACGUUAAUCUUAUGAUAUCUGCGAAACCAAAUUCUUUUAUUGGAUUAUUAGGCGUUGAUCAGAGAUCUCUCUUGCUAAAAUCUGGAAAUGAUAUUUCUUAUGAUCAAAUAUACAAGGAGCUGCAGACAUACGAUAAAGCAGAAGCAUCACCACACGCAGAUGGAUUCUUUGGCCGUCCUCUUUGGAGGCCUGGCUCAGGAACAGCAGACGAUGUGUUUCAAAAAACUGGCGUAGUAAUCCUCACAAAUGGAUACGUCCACGAGAAUUUCCCUAUACGACCAGAAAUUUUGGAGGGUAGAAUAACGGGGUCGCCUCAUGGGGUGUCCACGCUUCGACCAGACCUUGGUCCACCUGUCACGCACAGAUUAGCGACAAGACCACCGCUGGCAGGUCCUUACGCCUUCUCUCGCAUCCCACCCCCUGUCUGGAAUAAGCCCCGUGUAUUCCUAAUGCAUGACAUCUUAAACACCUGGCUUUUCACAAACUUCUCUUCAGGGUAUAAUGGAAAAACGGAAUUACGACGCGAAGUACCGGACUCUAUCACAUCAUGGGUAUUGACUGCAUUUUCCGUCAAUGACGCACAUGGAUUAGGCCUCAUAGAGGAGCCUAGAAAGUUGAAAGUGUUCAAACCAUUCUUCAUAUCCGUGGAUUUGCCGUACUCAGUAAUCCGAGGAGAAAUUGUAGGGAUACAGAUCGUGGUGUUCAAUUAUAUGAAUAAAGACUUGACAGCCGAAGUUCUACUAACAAACGAGGGACAUUUUGAUUUCGCGGAAGUUUCUAACGAAGUUCACGAUGUACCAAAAUUGGAGUUAUAUCGCAGGAAGAAAGUUGACGUGAAAGCAAAUUCUGGUUCGAGUGUGUCGUUCAUGAUUAUUCCAAGAGAAUUAGGAUACAUUAGUAUAAAAGCAACCGCUAACAGCGUUUUGGCUGGCGACAGUGUUGAACAUAAAUUGCUUGUCAAUGCCGAGGGAGAAACACAAUACAAGAAUAAAGCGGUACUUCUGGAUUUGAGAAAUGUUGAACAGACGAGUGCAAGUAUCACCAUCGACAUACCUAAUAAUGCAGUACCAGGAUCGGAGAUUGUACAAAUAUCUGCAGCUGGUGAUAUCUUGGGUCCUAGUAUCCAGAACUUGGCAAAUUUAAUAAGAAUGCCAUUUGGAUGCGGCGAACAGAAUAUGCUCAACUUUGUACCAAAUAUCGUUAUUUUAAAUUAUCUCAAGAAUACGAAUCAAUUAACACAAGCCGUGCAAAGCAAAGCGUUAAAAUAUCUGGACAUUGGCUACCAGCAAGAAUUAACUUAUAGACAUACUGAUGGUUCAUUUAGCGCAUUUGGCAUGUCAGAUCCUAGCGGGAGUACAUGGCUUACAGCCUUCGUAGCGAAAUCUUUUAAACAAGCGGCGGAAUACAUUGCGGUCGAGGAUAGAAUCAUAACUGAGGCUUUGCAGUGGUUGUCCAACAAUCAAGCAUCAAACGGCUCUUUCCCCGAAGUGGGAAAAGUUAGCCAUCGUGAUAUGCAGGGUGGAGCUGCCAAAGGACUCGCUUUAACGGCAUAUACGCUUAUUGCUUUCCUAGAAAACGAGGAAUCUGUAGGAAAAUAUCAUAAUACGAUAAACAAGGCUGUUGACUACAUCGUUCGUAAUAUGGAAGGAUUAAACGAUACAUAUGCAUUGAGUCUAUGUGCCUACGCCUUAAAUUUGGCGAAGCAUCCAUACGAGACAUCAGCAUUUAACUUCUUAGAAUCGAAAGCUAUGACGACCCAAAAUCUUAAAUGGUGGAACAAGCCCAUUCCGAAAGACAAUAAAAAUCCGCACUAUUCUUUACCGCGUUCCGUCGAUGUCGAAAUGACAUCGUACGCUCUACUCUUGUAUCUUAGACGUAAUCUGGUCACAGAUGCGAUUCCCGUAAUGAAAUGGCUCGUCAAACAAAGAAAUACAGAAGGUGGUUUUGCGUCGACGCAAGAUACUGUGAUUGGACUUCAAGCAUUGGCGAAGCUUGCUGAAAAAUUGUCAAAGAACACGAGUACAGUUCAAAUCACGUAUAAAUAUGGCGAGGGAGAAAGUCAAGGGGGCUACAUGAACAUACGUGACGAUAAUUUUAUGAUACUCCAAAAGAAGAUGCUACCUAUGAAAACGCGGUUUGUUAAUAUAACAGCAUCUGGUAAAGGUUUUGUAUUGGUGCAAAUUUCCUAUCAAUACAAUUUGAACGUAACUGGAGCAUUUCCAUUGUUUACAUUGGAUCCUCAAGUAGAUAAAAAUUCCAAUGCUAAUCAUUUACAACUUUCAAUAUGUUCAGGAUUUGUUCCAACUGAAGAAGCGAACGAAAGUAAUAUGGCCGUCAUGGAAGUAAACCUACCUUCUGGCUUCACAGUGGACAGAGAUUCAUUACCGAGUUUAGAAAUGUCAUCAUAUGUAAAACGUGUUGAAACUAGAAAUGGUGACACAAUGGUGAUUUUAUAUUUUGACAAGAUGGUAAAACAAGAAUAUUGUCCAACUGUGUCGGCAUUUAGAACGCAUAAAGUAGCUAAGCAAAAACCAGUUCCCGUUUCUGUAUACGACUAUUAUGAUUCUUCGAGGAAGGCAAGAGCAUUUUACGAGCCUAAAAAGACAACUUUGUGUGACCUAUGUGAAGAUGAAGAUUGUGAAGAUAUAUGCGUUUCAAAACCUGGUAAACGAAAGGACAACAUUACAGCUUCUGCUGCGUCUCACAUUUACGCUUCUGUAUAUUUACAAUUUAUGUUCUUCUCGUUUUACUAUUUGCUUCAAAAGUACUUGUAA